AUAGUUUUGAAAUAACUAUGUUCAUGGUAAUUAUUCACAUCUACCCCAGGCAGUCACAGAGACCCUACAAAAUAACAUCAUUAGAAGAGAAUUCACCGGUAGUUUUCGAAACGGUAGAACAUGCGGUCUUCUACAGCGAUUCAUGGACAAUUUUAACAAAGUUCACACCGAUUGACUACGAGAUGGUGAUAAACAUGGUGGAGAAGUGUGAAAGAAAACUAGAAAAUAUGUGCAGCAGCAUUCCGGAUUCCGAUUUUGAGCGAUAUUGUCACUUGAUAGUCCAAGAAACAGAAACGAAUAUAGUGAACCUUCAGCAAACUGCUAAUCGCCUGAAAAAACUACUACACUCAAACCGCCAAAAGCGUGCAUUAGAUUUCGCCGGAGGUUUUUCGAAAUGGGCUUUUGGAACGAUGGACAGUGAAGAUGCUACACGGAGAAAAAUGAAUCUAGUAUUUUUCACCCCAAAUGACUAGUAAGAUAAUUAAAGUUAAAAGCCCUAGAUUUUUAAUAAAACUUAUCUUACGUGUUGAGAAUUUCGUGGCUCCGUAAAGUAAUUUUUACAAGUUAAUUAUAGUGAACAAAAUAAAGUAGUACAAACUUUACCUGUAGUAAUAUUUUCUUUAUGUAAAGUAAAAUAUACUUUCAAGUAAAAAAGUGUAUUACUAUUUUUACUCCACGUUUCUAGUAAAUAAUAUUUUAUUGAUUUGAGUAAAUAUAACCUCAUACUAAGGUAAAAGUUAUACCGAAUUCUAGGAAUUUUUCCCAAUAGAGAUCAUUGCCAUAGAAACGUCUUAAUGCUGUCAUUGAAAAGUCUGCCAUUUUGCUUUUCUUUUGUUUUUGAUGUUUUUUUUUCAAUCAUAGUUGAGUGCGGAAUAUCUAGUUGUUUUUAUAAUUUAUUAAAUUCUUAAAUUUUUCCCGGAAAAUGGAAGAUAAAAUCUGGUUGUCGUAAUUGUGUGCGUUGUUUUUUAAUAAAUAAACCAUUAACAAAAAUGAACGGUAAUUAUUACCUAAUUGUUUUCUUUGCCUAGUACGCAGAUCGAUCUAGCUUAAAUUUGUUUCUAAGUUUGUCUUCACUUUUUUUCCAUGCGUUUAAUUGUGUCGGAUAAAAAAUUUACGGCUGGAAACAAAUGCUUGAUUUUUAAGCUGAAUCAAGCAGAGGAAAAGAAAAUUAGUUGCAAGCUAUUAUUACCUAUAAUUUGUAACAGGGCGCCUCUUCUGGAAAUAGUUCUUAGCAUGUCAACAAGUCUUAACAUUAAAUGUUUCAUGGAAGCGCACCAUUUCAUGUUAGAAUUCAAUAUUAAAGGAUUUAAACUUAACUUUACGUAGUCUAACAUCAAAAUUUGACAUCAGAUGUAAUUUUUCCUUUUUGAAAUGUAGUUUUUUUCAGUAUUUUUUGUCUUUUUAUGAGCGUGGUGAUCUCCUUAAUUGAGGCUGGCAUAUUCUUCACAUAAAGUCAAUUUCAUACUACUAAUGAUAGUUUUCUAAAGAAAAUUGUAAUGCAUGUAUAAACCAAUAUUAUAAUAAAAUAAAGAUAAUAACAAUUUUUGAAAAACAUAACUGGGUCACACGUACUUUCUCCUAAAUGCCUUCCAGGAGUAAGAACGUGUUACCAAAUUAUGUUUUUCAAAUUUGUAUUAUUAUUUUUACCUUUAUUUUAUUAUAAUAUUGGUAGAUAAAUGCAUUACAAUUUUCUUUACAAAACUAUCAUUAGUAAUAUGAAAUUGACUUUAUUUGAACCAAUCUUUAACUAAAUUAUCGUGAAAUAUUUAUAUUCCACAGAAGUUUAUUUUACUUUAAAAAGCAAUAUUUUCAGCCUUACAGUAAGGUAAAAUAUGUACCUUAUUUCUAGUCAAUUUUGUUUGAAAUUGAUACAGGAAAAAGCUUUACUGUAAAGUUAAUCAGAAGCCACAAAUUUACUAGAACAGUAAGGUAAAUCAUAUUUUAUUGGGGAGUCAUCCCUAUAUUGACCUUACAUUAUAGUUAAAUAUACCAGAAAUAAAGUGGUACAUACCUUAUUUUCUCUCCGUGUAGGAAGGUCUACCAUCAGCUGGAAUUCCUUCAUAAAAGGGAGGAGGAAUCGUUCCAGUUAAUGCAUCGCCAAAUGACUGUCAUGAAAUCGAACUUCGACACAUUGAGCAAGCCCAUAGCUCAAUUGGCAGCGGAGGUAGAAAACAUCACGGCAGGUAUGGAAAACCUUAGUGAGACAUUCCUUGAAUACAGCCAAAACACAAACGAGGAAGUCGCAAUGUUAAAGAUAAGAAGCGAAGCCAAUGUAAUGACAUCAGUAAUUACCGCAAAAAUAAUUGGAGAUCCAAAAUCAACAAGCCCUGGAGUUGUCAAUAGUAGAUGAUCUCUACAAAAAUAAACUCCAUCCUUUUGUGCUAGACGAAGGUAAUAUCACUGACCUGCUUCGAAGCAUCCCCUUUAAAGGAGGGCUGUCAUUCGACAACGUAAUACAUUCAGCGGCUAAAACGACCGUCUUUACAACUCAAGGAAACCUACUUGUGAAAGUAACGCUUCCCCUGCCAGACUCUUUGCGUUACGACACACACAAAGUAUACGCCUUGCCAACAGUGUUAGACGAACAAUGGGAUUUGGUUAUCGACACAAGGUUCGAAUACAUCGCAGAAUCUGAUAACCACGACCAUUUCAUAAUGUUUAACGAAGAACAGUUUUUCCGAUGCUCACACGUGGCAAUAGGAGAAUCGACAAGAGAGCCCAGUACUCACAUCAGGUUCAAAUGAUUGCCUAAUUGAGCUCCUCAAACACGCAGCUACAUCCAAAAUAACAUGAAUAUCGGAGACUUUAGAUUGCCACUGUACAGAAGAACUGGUACGCAAAACAACCUGCUUUACAAAGGAGUGCAAUUAUUUAAUAAUCUGCCUACAAACCUCAAGACUGAAAGAAACCUAAAUAUAUUUAAGUCUUUAUUGAAACCUUUAUUAAAAAAUAAUUUAGUCUAAAAUCACUUAUAGUUUUAAGUAUUAACUGAUGUUAAGAGUUUUUUAAACUAAUAAAAUACACAAAAUACAAAAAAAAUACUCUGCAGUCCCAGCCAGCAGAGGAAUCUUCCUGAAGAUGACAGCAUCGAACGAGUGGCUAUUUAAAGUAAAGAAUACUUUCGUUUUGAACUUGAAGUGUGCCAGUGAGCAAUAUACCGCCACUCUCAACGGUUCAGGAAUCCUUAAAAUGGAGUUGCCAUGCGAAGCCAGUGCCAAGGGAUUCAAACUGUUUUACGAGUAUCACUCCGAGGUCUUCACCGAAUACAAACAACCAAUGGUGGACCACUCGGAACUUGUACAAGCUUUACAAGCAAGCUCUGUUCCAGCUAAAGAAGCAUCUACACCAAAACUUCUUCCGAUACGGAUUGGAAACCACAAACAUUUUUCCAACAAUCUCAAUAUUGGAAGAAAGAGUAUAGAAGAGCUGGAAAAAGAUUGGAACCAACUGAAUGGAGAACGUAAAGCGGCAGAUCAAGAUUGGGAGCUAACACUACACCGUUACUCCAUAAUGUCGAUGAUCACGUUGGGAGCAGUUGCUAUCAUUGCCAUAUUUCUAGUCCGUUUUUUCCGAUCCAGAUCAAAAUUCACAAAGUCCACCAGAACAAAAACACCAUCACUAACAAGUCUAGCACUCCGUGAGGUGAAUUUUUACCAAACACCAAAGAGACGUGCUCCUGCAACACCGUUGGCCGAAACAAACAACAGUACAGCAGUCUUCAGCAUCACCUCUGCCCGGGUGUAAGAGCUUAAACAAAUUUUUAUAAAAAAAAAAAAACA